AUGACAAGCGCAAUCCCGCCCACCGUCCAGCACGAAACCGCCUCCCAGCAGACCAGCGCACCGAACGCCGCGUCCGACACGAACACAUCGCUUUCAGGAGCUGUGCCGGCGCAGCUGCCUGGGCGCUCCUACGCAUCCGCCACCAAGACGGCUUCUCCAGCUUCCACCACUCCGGCAGGAGCCCCCGCGCCAUCACAGAAUGCAAAGCCCAGCACCGAGUCUCCCGUAAACGGAGCGACCUCGAUGGCGCAGGGAGGCCCGCAAGCCGCGAGUGCAGCACCAAACGGCACACCAACUGAACAUGGGCGCAAGUCCUCGGUUAUCAUCAGCGCGCAAGGCGCAAGCGGCUCGACACCGAAUGGCGGUCCCGUCGGGCAGAACAAUCGUCCACCGAUCAGUUUCGGGAUGAUGAAUCAAGGGUCGCCCAUGCCGUCAGCGAGCGCACCAUAUCAGUCUCAGAAUCCUUCACUUUCGGCACCACCGAGAGACCCGCGGGUGAUCUCACCUGCACACUCACCAUCGCCCAUCCCGCAGCCACCAGCGAGCGGCGGUCGACCACCGUCUGGCUUCCAAAACCAAAACAACGGCAUGACUUUUGGCAGCAUGGGUGGCGAAAGCGACCCGAUGCGCCAAAACCAGAAUGGGCCUCUAGGUCCAGGCAUGCCGAUGCACGAGCGCCGAGUCUCUUCGCAGGGGAUGCACGGUGACCCGAACAUGAACAGGAACUUCCAAGCACCAAAUGGUCGUGGCCGCGGCUUCCAAGGCCCUUACGCUGCGCAGUCUCCGGGGAUGCAGUACCGUCAGAUGCCGGGCGGGCCACCUCGUCCUGGCUCAGGCAUGCCGCCUCAGUUCCAGACCGGCAUGCCUCCGGGCUCCCCUUACAACCGCGGCAGGAACAGUCCUGCCUUGCCACAUCAACAGCCUAAUAUGCAGCCCCAGCACAUGAGCAACCCGCAGAUGUACGGAGGAGGCUACCAAGGGAUGGGCGGACAGGGACAUCCCCAAGGCGUGUAUAAUUACUACGACCCCCAGAGCGGAUACUACCCGCCCCAAUGGCCGGGUCAGCAGGGCGCCCCGAGUCCUCGUCCAGGGUCGUACCCGAGCCCCUUCCCCAGUGGGCCAACUGGCAUGGCGCCGCCUUUCUACCCUCCGAACAUGUCUCGCAGUGCUUCACAGGUCUCUGAGCGACCACCCUCGAGCAUGGGCCAGCCGGCCACUCCUGCUAUGUCGAAUGCUCCGCCGUCUGGGCAGCCUGCCGCAGCGCAGCAAGCCUCUUCCUUCGUAAAGCCAAAUAAGACUAGCCGUGCCAUCAAGAUCACAAACCCAUUGACUGGAGAAGUGGUGUCUAGCAAGGCUUCAGCUACGCCAACUGCGUCCGCGCAACCACAAAAUCCUGUCAUUGUCUCGACUCCAAACGCACCGACACCCCCACCACGCACCGCGAGCGCCCAGCACGAGCGAACUGAGAGCAAGAGUACCAUGACUGCCGAAGAGAAGAAGCGUGCAUUCCAGGAAGAGGUGAAUCGUCGGCGGAUGGGUGAGCCGGCGAAGGAGGAGCCGGAAGCUGCUAAGCCUACCGAAGCCAAGGCCGUGGCUGAAGUUCCGUCUAAGAAGGACUCUAUGGAAGCCACGGAACCGGCGAAGGACGUUGUCAAAGAGGCCACUGCUGAGACAGAGAAAGCUGCGGCCACAGAUGCCGGCGAUGACGAGGCAAAGAAGGACGCAGACGCUGCUGCCAGCGCUGCAACCAAAGAGCCCGUCGAGGAGACGCCCAAGGAAGAGACCGAAGAUGAGCGUCUUGAGAGAGAGAUUGCCGAGAUGGAGGCUAAAGAGAAGGAAGAGGAAGAGCGUGAGGCAGCGUACCAGGCGAAGAAGAACGCCGAGAAGGCGGCAAACGCAAAGGUCGAAGCUGAGAAGGCAGCGAAGGCAGACGAAGAGCUUAAGCGCCAGGAACGCGAGGCCGAAGAGCGUGAAGAACAGCGCGAGCGUGAACGUGAGACCGGGAAGUCUGCUCCACAAGAGCCUGACAGCCAGUCAAAAGACAUGUUCGAGUCCCUCAAGAAGCCUGAGAUCGGCCCGGGAGCCUCUGCGCCAGCCAGCGGUACGGAGACACCAGCAUCCGAAGACGCCGAAGCAUCGUCCAUGCCACCCCCAUCUCAGCCCGCUUCUACCACCCAACCUCGUGGCCUCGGAGCGCAGAAGCCAAAGCCGGCUCACUUGAAGCUGGAGACUUCCAAGCGCGUCGAGCCUGCCGAACCCACUCCCGGGAUGCAAGCUCUCAAGUCUGCUCGCUUCCUCGAAAUCAAGGAGGAGGCCAAGUACCCAGACGGCUUCAAGUCGCCCAACCCAGCUCUGAACGUGGCCGGAGCUCGCAAAGGUCGCGCCUACGACAAGGCCUUCUUGCUCCAGUUCCAGCCAGUGUUUAAAGAGAAGCCUUCGGUCGAUUGGGACCAGAAGGUCAGAGACACUCUUGGCCCUGGCGACGAGCCAGGCUCUGCUCGCCCUGGAUCAGCACGUACGCCCUCUUCCAGCAUGGGUCGCCAGCCAUCUGGCCGUCCAGGACCAUCUUCCAUGGCUAGCUUCGGUGGUCCGAUGGGCAACUUCGGUGGCAGCAGCGGACCUCGGACUCUUCCUCCUGGUACUACCUCGCAGGAACGAUUUCAAGCUUCGCAACAGAGCGGUCGCCCCGGCAUGGGCAACAUGCCGAUGGGCCGCGCUCCCAGUCAAUUCGGUGGCAUGCAACCUGCAGGCAUGAACCGGACAAACUCCAGUCUGGCUAUGGGCAACAUGGUGCCCGGCUCACCCCGCGUCCCCAGCACUCGUGGUGGCCGAGGUGGCAGCAGCCGCCGUGGCGACCGCACCAUGAGCAAGAAGGAGGAAGCCGAAAUGGCCAGCAAGAUGCCCCUCACUGCUCACAUGGACCUCAAGCCACUCGAGAAGUCUGGUUCUGGGUGGAAGCCGACUAGCAUUGGCCAGCCCAUGCAAGCCUCGCAUGACCUCAGCGGCAACAUGGCUCCUGAUAUGGUGCAGAGGAAGGUCAAGGCCGCUCUCAACAAGAUGACACCGUCAACCUUCGACAAGAUCUCCGAUCAAAUCCUCGAGAUCGCUGGCCAGUCCAAGAACGAGUCUGAUGGCCGAACACUACGCCAAGUCAUCCAGCUCACGUUCGAGAAGGCUUGCGACGAAGCGCACUGGGCUGAGAUGUACGCUCGGUUCUGUAGCAAGAUGCUGUCAACCAUGAGCCCCGACAUCCGCGAUGAGACUGUCCUGGACAAGGCCGGCAACCUCGUCGUCGGCGGUGCGCUCUUCCGGAAGUACCUCCUCAACCGUUGUCAGGAAGAGUUCGAACGCGGAUGGCAAGUCAACCUCCCCGAGAAGCCAGAGGGCGAGACGCAAGAAGCUGCUCUUCUCUCCGACGAGUACUACGUCGCUGCCGCCGCCAAGCGUCGCGGUCUGGGUUUGAUCCAAUUCAUCGGUCAGCUCUACAAGCUUCGCAUGCUUACGCUCCGUAUCAUGCACGAGUGUGUGAUGAAGCUGCUCAACUUCGAGGGUGACCCGGAUGAGUCCGCCGUGGAGAACUUGACCACUCUGCUGCGGUCUGUCGGCGCUACCAUGGAGAGCGACGAACAGGGCACAGGCUUGCUUUCGACUUACUUUGAGCGGAUCGAGAACAACCUGCUCAAGAGCGACGCUCUCCCAAGCAGACCGAAGUUCAUGCUUCUCGAUCUUGUCGACCUCCGGAAAGCUAACUGGAAGGGCAAGAACGACGGCACGAAAGGACCAAAGACCAUUGACCAGAUCCACGCCGAAGCUGAAGCCGCGCAGCGAGCGCAAGAAGCAGAGAGGCAGCGGACUGCACAGCGUGGCGGUGGUGGCCGACCUCCGGCGGGUCGUGGCGAUGCGCGGAACUUCUCCAGCAACAUGCCACCGCCUGACUACAAGUCGAACAUGCUUGGUACGGAUGACCUCAGGAAACUCCAGAACCGCAAUCGUCCGGCUGCCGGCGGUGGUGGUCUUGGUCCAGGCGGCAGCCUGGGACCUGGAGGUGGCCUUGGUGCGCGGGCGGGCAGCAGGCGAGGCAACCUGGGCCCGACGUCGUCCGGCAACACCACAAGGACCAACACGCCGCCUGUUGAAAAGGAGAAGAAGGAGGAGCCAAGCUCACAGAAUGCGUUUGGCGCCCUCGCCUCCCUCGACUCCGGCGAAGCACCCGAAGAGUCCACCGAAGCAUCCCCGCCCUCAGCCCGCAACCGCUCGAAGUCACCACUGCCGGCGGAGAAGGCCGAAGGUCCCACUGCAUGA